ACGCAUUUUAAAACCGAGUGUAAACAGGGUCAACGCCCCGCCUCUCCUCUUUCUGUUCCCGGCUCAUUCCUCGUUUGCGUUCCAGCCGGAUAUCGGAAUAUUAAUUUGUGUCGUUUCACUUGCAGCGUUGGCUGGCACUGUGUACAGCAUCGUGAUCCUGAGCAGGACUGCGACCACCCUGAAGGAGCUGGUGAUCCGGUCGGUGGACGUCGUGACCAUAGUGGUGCCGCCCGCUCUGCCCGCGGCCAUAACGACGGGCACCAUCUACGCCCAGAGUCGGCUGAAGAGGGACGGCAUCUUCUGCAUCAGCCCGCCGCGCAUCAACAUCGCCGGGAAGAUCUCCCUCUUCUGCUUCGACAAGACAGGCACUCUGACGGAGGAGGGCCUGGACGUGUGGGGGGUCAUGGAGGGCAGCGGGGCGGGGUUUGGGGAGCUGGUGCCCGACCCUCGCCUGUUGCCCCCCGGGCCCGUGCUCUCUGCCCUGGCCUGCUGCCACACCGUGGCCCUGCUGGGGGAGCAGCUCCUGGGGGACCCCCUGGAGCUCAAGAUGAUCGAAUCCACUGGCUGGGUGCUGGAGGAGCCCGGCGCCGGGGAGAAGGAGGAGAAGGACGGGGAGUUUGGGAGCGCCCAGGUGCUGGCGGUAAUGCGGCCUCCUCCCCCUGAGCUCCAGCCCCAGGGCAUCGUCAUCCGCGAGCCCGUGGCCAUCGUGCGGCGCUUCCCCUUCUCCUCCGCGCUGCAGAGGAUGUGCGUGGUGGCCGUGGACCCCGGGGGCCGCAACGUUCGCGUCUUCCUGAAGGGGGCGCCAGAGAUGGUGGCCAGCCUCUGCCUGAAAGAGAGUGUGCCUGCUCAGUUCUCAGACACGCUGCGUCACUUUGCCAGCGAGGGCUUCAGGGUGCUCGCCCUGGCCUGCAAACCGCUCGACGGGCAGACGGACAUAAGCACUGUGGAGAGGAGGGCACUGGAGAGUCAGCUGCAGUUCCUAGGCCUCCUGGUGAUGAAGAAUCUGGUGAAGCCUGAGAGCGCUGAUGUCAUCAGCACACUGAGACAGGCCCAGCUGCGCACUGUCAUGGUCACUGGUGAGAGGGGGGGGGGGGGGAGUGUGCCCGGGGAGGAGGAUAGAAGGGAGGAGGGAGUUUUAGGUCACGCACACCAACACACACACAAACACUCACGCACACACACGCGCAUGCACAUGCACACAUAGGCACACAGACACAGGCGCACACAC